AUGAGACUAAGAGCACGCUCACGUGGAAGGAGCAGCAAGAGCUUCUUACCCAUCGCAUUCGUUGCCAUUGCAGCUACAUGCGCUUCUCAGCUCGCUCGAACCCAAGCCAAAGAAACAUCACACGAUCCUCUGCAUGGUGUGGCGCCGGAGCGUGAGUUCAGCCGAUCAUGAGGUUCAGCCCGCACACUGAUGCCAAGCAGUGAGAGUUUCAAAGAGGUACCUCGACUCACUUGUCUCCCUUUGCGGCCGACGAUGCAGAGCACCAUCUAUAUGCCACGCCGGCGGAUGGUGGAACCGAAUGGAAAUGCCUGGAGUCAGGUGAAACGAUUCCCUUUAGCGCCGUGAACGAUGAUUACUGCGAUUGCAAGGAUGGCAGCGACGAGCCAGGUGAGUCCGGCUGUAUACUCUCGAGAGCCCGAAUCGUGGGUGCCUGAUUCGCGUUUUCUUGCAUCAGGCACAUCGGCUUGCCCCACCUCUCGCUUUUACUGCAAGAACGAAGGUCAUUUGCCCGCAUACCUUCUGUCAAGUCGGGUCAAUGACGGCAUCUGCGACCCCGAGUGCUGCGACGGAAGCGAUGAGACGGAUGGAAAAGUGUCUUGCCCUGAUCGAUGCGCCAAGAUCGGCAAAGAGUACAGGAAAAGGGUGGCGGAGCAGCAAAACAUUCAGAGAGCGGUGAGUCGAGCCAAAGUCUGCUGCCGCAUUCGCGUCCACUGCGUGAGCCCCGCCCCACUCACCCUUGAAUGCUCCACUUGCACAUGUCAGGGAGCCAAAAUCAGGGCGGGUUAUAUUGCUCAGGUCAAGAAGUCGCUAGAGGCGACCGACCUGGAGGUGACGAAGCUGGAGGUGGAGGUUCAAGUGGCCGAGGAGAAAGAGCAGAGAUUGAAAGCUGCUCUAGAAAUAGCGGAACAAGCGGAUGCCGGAGUCAUCGAAAGAAAGAAGGCUUCGCGUAAGUCGCCCGCUCUUGGCUACUCUCCCCCAAUGGUAGAGCUGAGGCACUCGUGUACUAACUUCGCGACCCCUCGUCGACGCGCAGCAUUGUAUGCUACGCUUCGUACGCACCAGAACGCCCUGGCAGCUCUGCAAGACAGAGAUGCGUUGCUCAAAGCAGAAAUUCAAAGGCUGACGGCGCUGCUUGAUGACCUCUCGAGUGGGUACAAUCCAAAUUAUCAAGACAUGGCCGUCAAGGGCGUGGUGAUGGAGUACCGGAAAUGGAGGCGAGGGUCCGGAGAUGCUGCCACAGAGGGUGCCGAGGGCGAUGCUGCUGCUGAAGAGCAGAACGUGAAGGAGGACACGGAGCCUGUCAGACUUUACGAACUGCUAUACGAGGGCGAUUGGACACAGGCGGUGGUCAGAGAUCUGGCACAAGCCGAGACCCUCAGUCUGAUGGAAGAUGGAGCUUACGCGGGCAGUUCAGAGUCCGAGACUGGAAUACGUAAGUCGUUGGCCGUGGACGACAUGUCGUAUGCAAAGGUUGUCUGGCAGUCCCAUGCUGACUCUGGCUGCGUCACGCAUCGCACAGUGUUCCGCAUACACGAAUACCUGCCAGAUCCAGUGGUGCCGUACUUCGAAGCAGGCGUUGAUACGCUGCUGGACCUGCUCACGAAGGCAAAUGUCAUCUCGGAUGUGAAGAGAACACGCAAGUCUGGGGACGAGGCGGAGCCAGAAAGUGAGUCCUUCUACGCGCGCAAUUUGAAGGGGCCGGGGCCGUCGUCUGCUGGCACCUGACAGGCUUUCUGACCAUCCAUGUUGUGACCCGUCCUUAGACGUCGUAGCAGCCCGUGCAGCUUGGAACACCGCCUCGUCCGACCUUCAGUCCAAGCGGUCCUCCCUGGCAACUAAGAAAGGCGAGCUGAACUUGACCCCAGAACAGUGGGGUAGAGAGUCGGAAUGGAAAGCCUUGGAUCAGAAGUGCAUCAGCAAGAAUAUGGGCGAGUACACGUACGAAUUCUGCUUCUUUGGAAACACGAAGCAAGUGCCCAACAAAGGUGGCAUGAGUGUCGGUCUGGGGUGAGUCUAGUUUAGUGUGCUCGAGGCAUCCAUCGAACUGGGAAAACUGCUGAAAACGGAUGAUGGCCACACUGUUGCAUCUGUAGCCGCUUCAACAAAUUCGAGCCUGUCAACACGAGCUUGACAGUCAGCGAUGACGCGUUCUUCCAUCGUCAGAUAUACGACAAGGGUCAGAGGUGUUGGAACGGACCAGAGAGAUCAUCCAUCGUCAGUCGAUAGUGCUGGGGGUCAUACUUACAAGCUUCAGAUUGCAAAUGUCUGACUGUACGUUCUCCUUGUCCACGCAGGUUGAAUUCACCUGUGGAACCGAGAACGAGUUGUUGGAAGUUUUCGAGGCAGAGGUGGGUGACAACUUUUCCCAUUUCAGCUCUCUGUUUGUGCGACUGAAUGCGAGUCUUGGUUUAUUCUCGUUCCGAUCGGCAGAAAUGCAUCUACAAAAUGAAGGUGAGAUACAGGCGCUUAAUGUACGCAUUCAGCGCCGCUCACAGCGAAUUCUACUGCUUGAUUCCCAUCAACUCUAGGUCUCCACACCGGCAAUCUGUCUGCCUUUGGAAGAGAGCCUCGCGAACGCCAAGCCGAAAGAUGA